GUCAACUACUUUUCGAAGAGAUAGUAGAACGUCUUUUUUAAGCUUCAGCCUCUUUAGGGAUACAUAUAAUCUUCAUUCCUUGCCCCGACAAUCUAAUAAUCACAGUCAUUAUCUAGGCCGAGUUGGUCGCCAAUAUAACGAAAUGAUAUCCUGCACUACCAUUCCCGUGACAAUCCCAAAGAAUAGCCCAGGUGGCCUAAUACCCAAGGCCACAUCCAAAAUCAUCAUCAGCACAUUCCUCCCCCGCGAGUGGCCAGAUGUGGAUCCGGAAACCCUCACAGUGACACGCACCACCGGAUAUGCAAAUACGAACAGUGUUGUGGAGCGACCGAACCCAAAUGGCAGCGAGACACCCCUUUUGGAGCCAUUUAAGGUAUUCCUUAAGAUUCACGGCGAGCUUGACGGGGAAAUCGAAGUCUUCGAGCAUUUAGUUCCCAGCAAGUACGAAGAAGCACAAUUAAGCCAUGAGUAUGGUCAGUCUGGCCAUGGGGCGAAAGUACUCGGCUUUUUCCAGACUCAGGAUGGUGUCUUCGGGAGGGUCGAUGAGUACUUGGAUGCACGUACCCUGGUACCACAGGAUGUCGAAGACGCUGAUACCCGAGGCGAUGUUGCGAGAGCUCUUGCUACUUUCCAUGCUAUGGAUACGACCAUACUGAAGAGGAGCCCUGUACAGGCAUACUAUGAUACUGUCACCAGAGAACUUGGCAAGUAUCACGGGAUGGACAAGCUGAAGAGACUGGCACAUGCAGGGGGCAUCUGCUUGGAUCAUCUCGUGGAUUAUGACUUCGUGUAUAGACUCCGACGGGUCAUAGAUAAGCUGGAAUCAAUUGGGACAAAGGAAGGAUGGUGCAUCCAUGACUUCCAAUUUAUGAAUGUCUUGGUGAGGAACAAGCCACGGGCAGGGGAAAGCAAAGUUGUUCUUAUCGACUUCGAAUUUGUGUUUCGCAAUUACAGAGCAUUUGAUAUCGGUGCACACUUCUUGCAGAAGUUGUUCCAGUGGUUCAACGAGCAGAGCCAAAUUGCCGAUUGUCGGCCUUAUUCGGACGAGGAGAAGCGGCAUUUUUGCGAGGAAUAUGCAAAACAGUGGAAUCAAAAAACAGGUGACUCGGAUACAGGGGAGCAGGUUUUCGCGGAGGCUGAGCUCGGGUUCAUGCUGGCUAUUACGUUUGAGAUCCACAACAUGCUGUGUUUCAUGGAUCAGGAUGAUGAUAAAGAUCCGUUGAAUCUCUUGUCGCUUGAUAAGUUGUAUAGGGAGUUCACCGACCAAUAUGUCAAGCUCGGGCUCGAACGCUGAACAGUGUAUGCUAGUGCCUGGUAGUGAGCUUUAAUCUAGCCAUCGCUUCAGGCGUCAACAAUGAGUCUUAUGAAAUCAUCGAUGAGGAUGCGCCCCUUGGGUAUGCCUGGUGGCUUGCCCUGUUAGACAGCAACAUGCAAGUGCCAACCGCAGGGCGUACGACCCACAUGGCCGAUUGAAAGCGGACAGUUCACCCAAUCCUGCAUCCCAACCAGACACUCAUGGAAGUCCUACUACGUACCUACUGGCCAUUGACUUGUCUACGCCGUUAAGACUGGCCGAGUGCUGGUUUCUGCCGAAUUACUCUCAC